AUGGUUCAUGAAGGAUUACUAGAAACAGUGGUCAAUAGAGGUGGAUGUAAGCCUUCUCAUCUAAUGUUUGCUGAUGACAUAUUCAUAUUCUGCAAUGAGCACAAAAUAACAUUGGAUAAUUUAAUGGGUUUGCUAACAAGAUACCAAGCAGCAUCUGGACAGACAGUUAAUAGAGCAAAGAGUAAGUGCUUUAUUGGUGGAGUCACUGAAGAUAGAAAGCAAGUAAUAGCUGAGAGAUUGCAAAUGGAGAUUUCUGAAUUCCCAGACAAGUACUUGGGAGUAAUGAUGAUUCCUGGAAGAGUUAAAUCUAUACAUGUUUGGGGGAUGGUGGAAAUGCUACAAAAGCAAUUAGCUGGUUGGAUUGGAAAACUUCUUGCCUUUUCAGCCAGAUUAACUUUAGUGAAGUUUGUAUUAUGCAGUGAUCCAUCAGUGAAAAAACUAGUAACUGUCAAGUGGGAGGAAGUGAAUGCUCCUCUUGCUGAAGGAGGGCCUGGCAUUAGGAGAUUGGAGGUGAUGAACAAGGUAUUACUACUGAAGUUGCUUUGGAAAAUUGAGACUGAAGAUGAUGAGUGGACUAGGUUCAUGAGGGCAAAGUAUAAAAACAAAAAUGGUGACUGGAUUACUAGCUACAAAAAAUCAACAAUAUGGCCUGGAUUAAAAUGGGUGAUAAAUGAGCUUAAGGAAGGAAAUCCAUUUGCGCAACAACAUCAAGACUUAAAAGUUAGUGAUUUGAUAAUAAAUGGUGAAUGGCAUGUACCUGAUAAAGUGAAGAAGUUUUUUGAGCUAACUGAACUGCCAGCAAUUGGGAAUGGAAAAGACAAAAGAAUCUGA